GAACUCUUUAUUAUUCCGAAAAAGUAAAAGUACAUUUUACUAAUUGGAAAGUAAUCUUAAUUAAAAGCUAAUGUGUUUUUAGAAAGUUGAUCAUAAUGUCUCUAUCAAAAUUAUCAGCUAUGAGUCACUAUAAUACUGCUGUAUCAGGUGUAGUAUUCUGUUUAACAGGAAGAAUGUGCUUUUUUUUUGCUCAGAUUGCACCACUCAUGUACAAAAGCCAUAGCAAACUUUCAUAAGGCAGUCUCAACUCUUCCUAAAUGUUUCUGUUUGAGCAAAUUUUUAUUAAACUUUAUACAGAUAGAAUGCCCUGCCCUCCUAGCAUGAGCGCCGCAAUAUGGAUGACUUUGCAUACAGGAACAAUGUAAAGAAUGCUGACAAGGAGAUAAGAUUGGCUUUUGUGCGCAAAGUGUAUGGAUUACUGUCGAUGCAACUAUUAGCAACUGUUGCAAUCUCCAGUGUGUUCAUGCUGGUGAAACCAAUCCAAAGUUUCAUACACACAAACCAAUGGAUGGUGUUCAUAGCAUUCAUAUUGAGCAUUGUCACAUUGAUUGCCCUGAUCGCAAAGAGGAGAGACUAUCCAGCAAACCUGUAUCUGUUAGCUGCUUUUACUGUGGUGCAAGCGUACUCCAUAGGCGUCGUAGUGUCAUUCUGCGACACAUUGGUGGUGCUGCAAGCCCUCGGGAUCACCUUCUCUGUCGUGUUCGGGCUCACCCUGUACACACUCAACACUAAACGCGACUUCUCAUUCAUUGGAUAUGGACUCGUGGCCGCUCUCUGCGUGCUCAUCGUGGGAGGUCUCAUUCAGAUCUUCAUCCGGAGCUCCUUGUUCGAGAUCGCCCUAUCAUUCGGUGGUGCCAUCGUCUUCAGCCUCUUCCUCGUUUUCGACACUCAGCAGAUGAUGGUCUACCUCUCGCCCGAAGAAUACAUUCUGGCCACAAUCAACCUCUAUAUGGACAUCCUGAACUUGUUCCUCUAUAUACUCAGGAUCCUUAACGAGUUGAACAGGAACUGAGAUGCACUUUAGAAUUCAGUAGUGAGAUUAUCAAAAAAUGUCUCGCGUUGUGCUGCUUUGUUAUUAGACUUUUUUUUUGUAUGAAUAUACUUACACUUCGAGUUUGUUUGCUCGUUGUUAUUUUUUCGACUUAAAACAUAAUUGGAUAGUGUCAAGAUUAAUUACAUUAAAUUAUUGUGAUUAGAGGAAUUUAUGCACCGAAAAUUUUAAAAAGUUAUGAGUAACUUAGGUACUUAUACUUAUUUAGCAUUUAACAGAACUAAUCAAUGAGUGUGGCUGUGAAAAGAAAAAGAAUUUACAAUAUUUUUAGAAUUCCCUGACAUUAUUC